UAUACAGACCGAGAAACUCUCACUCACUCGCUUACUCUCUCUCUCUCCGCAAGAUCUAAACCUUUGCUUUUGCUCUCUACAAUGGCCUCGAGCGACGAGGAAAUCACCCACCACUUCCGUUUCUUCCAUGAAUACAAAGACGGCCGCGUUGUGAUACACCGCCCACCAGUUGAAAAACUCCCACCCUCCGAUGACCCAGUCACCGGGGUCCGAUCAAAGGACGCCGUAAUUUCAUCCGAACCUGCGGUCUCAGUUCGUAUAUUUAUACAAAAAUCCGCCGACUCGACCCAGAAACUCCCUCUCCUAUUCUACAUCCAUGGCGGCGGUUUCUGCAUGCAAUCCGCUUUUUCUGCCCAGCACCAUAAUUUCCUCAACACGUUCGUCGCGAAAGCUAACGUUAUUGCAGUCUCGGUCGAGUACGGGCUGUUCCCAACCCGACCAAUACCCGCCUGUUACGAGGACUCCUGGGCCGCUCUCCAGUGGGUGGCAUCCCACAGCAAUAGAAACGGACCCGAGCCGUGGUUAAACGACUAUGCAGAUUUCCAACGAGUUUUCAUUGGGGGAAAUAGCGCCGGAGGGAACAUAUCGCACACUCUAGCAGUCCGAGUCGGAUCGAUCGGGCUUCCCGGAGUGAAGGUGGUUGGUGUGGUGCUGAUUCACCCAUAUUUCGGAGGUACGGGCGAUGACAGAAUGUGGCUGCACAUGUGUCCGACGAAUGGCGGGUUGGAGGAUCCAAGGCUGAAACCAGCGGCAGGGGAUCUAGCCAGGCUUGGGUGUGAGAGGGUGUUGAUUUUUGUGGCAGAGAAGGACCAUUUGAUGGAUGUGGGUAAGCGCUACUACGAGGAACUGAAGAAAAGUGGGUGGGGAGGCAGUGUGGAGAUUGUGGAGAAUUUAGGGGAGGAGCACUGCUUCCAUCUUCACAACCUCAAAUAUGACAAGGCAGUGGCUGUGAUUGAUAAGUUCGUUUCCUUUGUUAAACAGGAUCGCUAAGAUAUAAUGUAGGCGAUAUGUGGUCUUUAGAAGCGGUGGAUGCAUGCUUUGGGUCGCUAGCGAUAUUGAAAAUGGAAUGUUAUAUUUCGGAGAUAUAUAA